AGGGAGAGAGAGAAAGGGUUGUGGAGAAAGGGGAGGGCGUGUUACAGGCUAGGCUAGAGAGUGCUCGCAGCCCGCACACUGAUCUGCGAAGGGCUGAGCUGGAAGUGCGGCUGCGGGUUUCACCGGCGCAGACCCAGCAGAGCCAGCCGUGCGGGUCGCGCUGUUGUCCGGCUGCGGAUCCAGGCUUGUCCCACUGUGCCGCUCUCCGCUGCAACAGACAUGCAGGACCCUCGCCCUCGGGGGGUUUGAGAUUUUUUAUUUUCUUCCUUUAUUGUGUUUGUGUGUGUUUGUGUGGGGGGUGGUUGGCGAUGCCGGAGAAGAUGACCAAGUUUCUGCAGAUAGCGCCCCACUCCCUGGCCGUGGUUUUGUCGCCGCCGGCCAGGGUUGUCCCGGCGACCGGCGAGAAGAUGCAACGCCAGGACACCGGCUACCAGGUCUUCGCCGACUUCAAAGCGGAGAAUAUGCAGCAUUUUUGGAACAAGCGGGUGACGGACGCCAUCGCCGAGGUUUUCUUCCUGGGUUGGAUCGACAGGCAUGUCCUACUCAUCCAAGGCAAGGAACCCCACCUGGAAGUGCUGAGGGAAGCCUGGAUGAGAAGAUCUUUGAAGCCACCCAAGAACUUCAGCAUCAAGUAUCUGGGUGAUGUGUCACCGAUCAGCAUGUCCCCCAUCAGUCAGUCACAGUUUAUACCACUCGGGGAAAUUCUUUGCCUGGCCAUCUCGGCAAUGAAUGCUUCAAGGAAACCAGUCUCACACAAGGCGCUGAUGGAACACUUAGCCACUUGCUUCCCAGGAGUGCCCACGCCUAGUCAGGAGAUCCUUUGCCACACCUUGAACCUUCUGGUGAGAGAGCGGAAGAUCUACCCGACCCCCGACGGCUAUUUCAUCGUCACCCCGCAGACUUACUUCAUCACGCCCUCCCUGAUCCGGACAAACAGCAAAUGGUACCACUUGGACGAGAGGAUCCCGGAGAGGUCGCGGUGCACGUCGCCGCAGCCCGGCACGGUGACGCCGUCCAACUCCGGCUGCCAACUUCGGGAUCGUGGAGGGGGUCACCACCACCGCACCCACUGCGACUCCUGCAACUGCUUCAGGGAGGAGUCGCACAACCACCCUGCGUCCACCCUGCAGAGGAAGUCAGCCAAGGAGGGCAAGGACUCCUCCCACUGCCCGCCGCCCUCCUUCCACCCGACGGCGGCAGCGGCCAGCCAGACAGAGAAGAGCAAGAGCACGGUCAACUGCUCCUACAAGAUGGAGAGCUUGCCCAAGCUGAAGGAGGGCGACAAGCCGGCCAAGAAGUUCGGCCUGAAGCUGUUCCGCCUGAGCUUCAAGAAGGACAAGUCGAAGCAGCUGGUGAAUUUCUCCGCCCAGUUCCCACCCGAGGAGUGGCCCCUUCGGGACGAGGACAACCCCACCUCCAUCCCGCGGGAGGUGGAGCAGGAGAUCAUCAAGCGCAUCAACCCCGAGCUGACGACGGAGAAUGUCAUGAAGCACACGGCGCUGAUGAAGAAGCUGGAGGAGGACAAGGCCCAUCGCCACAACAAGCCCAGCUCGUCGGCCCAGCACAGCGGCAAGAGCCGGAAGAGCCGCGGCCACAAGAAGCCUCACGGCAAGUCGCGGUCGCACAGCAAGUCCCGGGUGGCGAAGGGUGGGGAGCAGUCGGAGGACACCCACUUGGAGCUGACGGGGAGCAGAGAGUACGAGUUGUACGACCCGGUCACCCGGGCCCCCUGCGUCAACGGGAUGGAGCCGCCACGGGGCGACAACGGCUUCGUGGCCUACGACAGGCUGAACGCGGCGGAGCCCCGCUACCCGGUGGCGCCCGAGUGGGACGUGUCGGGCGACCUGUACAAGAGGCGGAUGGAGAGCCAGCUCCCCAGGGACGGCCUGCAGCCCAAGGUCCACCGCAGCCACAGCCACACGCAAGACCGCAAGUCCCGGACCGACAGGAGCGGCAAGGCCAAGGAGCGCUCGAGAUCCAUGGACAACGCCAACCGACCCCUGGGCGCAGUAGUGCCGGUGGAGGAGGGUCAAGGAGCCGGCGACAAAUCCCGCUCUGCCAAACCGCCCGGCCUCCUCCACCGGGCUGCCGGGCUGGCCUCUCAUUCCAAUCACAUCACCGAGCCGAGUAUCCCCGAGUGCGUGGACAGUCACAACCCCGGCGAGGCCGCCAACGCGCCGCAACCCCUCCCGCCCGGGGAAAGUCUCCGCGACCCGGGCAGCACCGAGGCGGAGAGGAACCCGUGCAAGGAGAGCAACCCACGGACUGCACCUUCUCCCCCGGUGGCCAGGCGUGACGGCGACGACGCCUUCAAGGACUGCCAUGCCCUCACCUUGUCGGACGGGGUGACCACGUUGUCCCCCUUGGACCGACUGUCGAGGCAGCCAGCGCCCGUGGAGGAAAACGUCAACGGGCAGCUGGAACAGUUGUCGCUGCUGCCGAACCAUUAUCUGGACAAAAACGAGACGAACGGCGGCGUCAGUUUGCCGCUGAUGGCGACGACGGCGGUGGUCAAUGGACAAGCCUUCACCCCGCCGUGCGAAUCGCCCGCUGUAAACCGCCUGGACGAUACUUGCCCGGAGUCCCCCGGCAUAUCGUCCUGUAAAUCUCAGCACAUUAAGCCGUCGGGGUUGUUUCAUACGAACUGCGAGAAGCUGGCGGGCAUGAUGCCGCCCGUCCCCGGGCACGGCCACCCGUCGGGGCACCAUGAGUCCUCGUCUUUCGACUACUACAACGUGUCCGACGACGACGACUCGGAGGACGACGGCAGCAAGAGCCAGCAGGAGGGCAAGAGGCGGGAAGACGGCGGCACUGUGCAGUGGCUGCUGGAGCGGGAGAAGGACAAGGGGCUCCAGAGGAAGCACCUCACGCUCCUCAGCCCAAAGGAGAGCGAGACCAACCCCGCUCAGAAGGCCACCCACUCCGCUCGACUCGACAGCAUGGACAGCAGCAGCAUCACAGUAGACAGUGGAUUCAAUUCCCCUCGUACUCGUGAAAGUCUGGCCUCUAACACCUCCAGCCUCUUAGACAGCAGCAAACAUCAGAACCCUUCUCUUAGCCCGGGAAGAGGAGGCGCGGCCGAAUUCACGUUCCGAGCAACUGCGGAUACUGUGACCAGCAAAGCCGAGACACUUCAGAAACCGGCGAAGUGCCUGGCUUCUAUCACCAGUGUUUGAGUGCUGUGUGGGUGUGUGUGUGGUAGAUCCUGAACCUUGGCCAGCAUACUUCAAACCUGCACUUCAAAAUGUUACUUGAGACUUCUCGGCUAGUGCGCUAGCCAUGCCACUAGGCCAUUUUGGCAUGUUAGCACGUGACAGAGGGGGCCAUGCAAAACACACGUAGCGGCCAUUUUGUGACUUGGAGCUUUUUUUUUUUUUUUUUGGUUUAGCUUCCAGGAGCACUUAUUAAUUUUACCUCUUCAUCCUUUAGGUAUUGAGCGGGUAGUGCGUCUCACUGCAUGACCCUCUCCUGCAUCACACUCCAUUGUGGUUUUGGUAAAGAAGAGAAAAACAAAAAGCACAAAACUGUUUUAGCACUUCUUGGUUCUGGGUUUCUUGACGAUAUCCGAUUUAAAACUCAAUUUUUAGAAAUAACCUUCUUUAGAACGUUAUCAAGCCAGCAAAAUACUGUUUUUAGCAAGACCCGCGCAUGUGAUAAAUCUGGAUGCGCUCCUCCCAGUUUGACAGUCUAACACACUGAAGAUAUUCUCUUCAACUCUCUGUGGUCAGUUAUUUCCGAUCAGUGUUGUCGUUUAAUAAUAGUUGUGUUGUACCAACAGAUAAAUGUUGCACUAUUAAAAGAUGAAAUGAUGUCUCAUUUUUUUUACUGUACAAGAUGAUUAUACAUCUGGCUGUGUUACUGUACAUAUAAAUCACUAUUAAAGUCCUUGAAAGCUAACCAACAGUAAACUUGUGAUAAGUUUUACAGUUGUUGUAAAUCUUACACCAAAAUAUGUGAAUUUGAUGUCCCUUAUUUUCCUGUGCAAAAUAGAUAUGCUUCAGAGAAAGUGCAGCCCAAUAGACAAUAGGUGCAGGAGUAGGCCAUUCGGCCCUUCGAGCCAGCAACACCAUUCAAAGCCGAAUACACAUUUUUCCGGUUGAAACAAAACUCCAGGCACUCCCCGACUUAUGUCAGGGUUACGUUUAGACGUGAGAGAUACAGCGUGGAAACACUAAGUGGAAACCACUAAGUCUGCGCCGACCAGCGAUCCUCGCACGCAAACACUAUCCCAUGCACACAAGGGACAAUUUA